GACUGUUUCGUCUCUUUUAAUACGUAAUACAGACCUCUGUCUGAUUUCUGUAGUCUUAUCUAAUAUGAGGACUACAUUUCCCGUUGUGCAUUGCACUUCUUUCCGGAAGUGACGCGCCACCAGACGGUUCAGACGCUAAAGCUAUUUUCUCUCGCACAGGCUGUUGCUAACCGCCUCUGCUAAAACAGCGAUGAAAAAAAAUAAAAUGAUGUGACAUGGCAGAAGAUGUGUUUGAUGGACCUUUUGUCAGCGUCCUUUUCACCCGCACACGGGAGAGGCGUCUGUGUCAUGGUUGUAUAACUGUAGUAACAAGUUUCUAAGUCGUCAUGGAGACUCCAACGGGAAUCGAGCUGCCUGGUGCAGCUGCUGGUGGCCAGCGGUCAGACACCAUCUCCCCUGAUCCUCAGUCGCCCCAGACGCCGCCGGCGGGGAAGCUCAGAAAGACGGCCUUCAAGUUUUUCGGAGGUCGAAAGAGCAUCUGUAUGCUGCCAAGCUUUUUCGUGGGAAGAGGCAAGAGUCAAGGAAGGUGGUCGUCUAAAAUGGGCGUAACCAAGAGUCAGACAUACGAUGGUGUCAGCAGAGCAUGCUGGGAAGACAGCAUCAGAGGCGGCGGUGAUGUGACUUCGGCGGAGUUUGAAUUCCACAACCCGAACGGCUCGAGCGACCUGCACAAAGCGCAGGACAGUUUUGCGAAGACGCAGUCCCUUCCGCGACAGAAGAGAGGCCUCAGAGGUCUCUUCAGCAGCAUUAGGAAGCAUCGGAAAAGCAAGAACAACGCUGAAGCGGAAAAAAAUGCGAUGCUUGAAAUGUCCUCGGGUGAAACGGUGCCUGGUAAGUUGGCAAACCUUGGUUGUCAUGGUGACAGUAACGACAGCAAGAGUCACGUCGAUUUGUUAGAGCCGGAUGUGCCUACGGAAUCCAACAGCAGGGAUUUUACAAAAUCGCCUGCCGCCGAUAGUGAUGCAUGCACAAUGGAUGAAACACUAGUGCCUGAGAAAUUAAGGAGCAAGGGGAAGGCUGGGGAGGAAGAGGAAGAAGAAAAAAGUGACGAAAGCCAAGAUGAAGAGAGGCAACGAAAGAAAAAGGGCAGCCUGGUUACGUAUCGGCAGCCGCUAUCUGCGGACUCCGAGAUGGCGCGCCUCACUGAACUACACACGGACCUACCUGAGGGAGACCCCCCUACAGUGUCCACCUCGACUGACAACUUGAUCUUCGGAGAUGUGUCCUCUCUGAAGAGCUUUGAUUCGUUGACUGGUUGCGGUGACAUCAUCGCCGACCAGGAUGACGUCAGUGUUGCGGAGAGUUCGGUAUCAGGCGAGCGAGGAAGUCGUAGUGCUGGCAAGCGCAGCUCCUGCCUUGUUACUUAUCAGGGUGGUGGAGAGGAGAUGGCAACUCCGGAUGAAGUGGACAACGAGUACCUGCACAGCCUGUGGGAGUCGGAGGGCAGCGAGGUGUGCUACCUACCGUCGGAGCAGACCGUCAGCCCGUCGUCCACUCCCGAUCAGCCGACCAGUUCCUUCCAUGUCACGACCAGCACUAGUGGCAACACCAGCACUAGUCCUUUGGGAAUCACGGAAACGGUCCUUACACCUACUGAUCUUCUGACUCCCCAGAGUGACCGACAGGGAUCGGUGCCAAACAGUGAUGAGGGUUACUAUGAUUCCACAACGCCUGGAGCUGAUGAGGACACUCGUGAACGUCCACAACAGGAAAGACUUUCCCGGGACAGCUACAGCGGCGAUGCCCUUUACGAACUUUUUGAGCCUGAUGAUAGAUUGCUCAGUCCGCCUCUACCUUCUAAAGACAAUCGAGGGUUGCUGGGUGGAAACAAAAGCAAAGGAGAUCUUCUUUAUGCCUUGACAUCUGCUGCCUUGGAUUCUGGUGCCAUGGAGACGGAGGAGGAGCGUCUCAGUAAGAUCCAGCAUGCCUUGCUGUGUUGCGAGUUGCAGAACCUGAGAAACCCAUCCAAAGAUCAGCAUAUGUAUUGUAGCGAACAUUCACGCAGUGACGCAAACCCUCUUGAGGGGAAGUACAAAAGCAAAAGCUCAGAAGAAGAAGCAGACCAUCAAUCUGGAUCCAGACCACUGCAAGGAUCCCAAGCCUUAAAAGAGGUUUUGUCUCAUAGCGGGGGUCAGGUGCAGCACAGAACCUUGUACGGACCUACUGCCGAUUCGAAGUUAAGUACACAAGUCUCAAAGGCAGUGAGCGUUGUAGAAGAUGCAGUAUUGUAUUCCACGCAAGAAAGGUGCGAUGCUUCAAACGAUGGCUCUUUACCGCCCAUUAGAGGCUGCAGCCAAUCACAGGAGGAGCUAAUGGUCUGUUUCUCGCAAGCGUUGGUUGAUUUUACCAAAAACACCAGACUUUAUUGCAACUCCACAGAGAGUCUGGACGGUUCGGAAUCUAGCUCACCGUUUGGACCGAGCCUAAGUGCUCUUCCUGCCAUUGUCACUUUCGAUGUGGUUGACAUGGAGAAUGAGGGUGAGUGUGAACAGCCAGAGCUUGUAGAGGAAGAGGAGGAGUUGGCAUCCCCGUUUGAGGCGUUCGAAGAUGACGGCUGCUACUUGCAGCAGGACGCUUUUGCCGAGUGCGAUCAGAGAACCUUUGAUGCCUACGAGCAAAGUUUGUUGCUUGGCAACGCUUGGGGUAUCGCAAGCCUUCCCCGUCACCUUAGCCUGGGCCGUCCAUGCCCUCCGGUUCCCGCACCGCUCGCUCUGAACCGACGUAGCCGCUCUCUGGAUACGGAUAGUCUCGAGCUCCAGACCAGCGAGCUUUAUGCGUCCCUCGUUUCCCAUGGCCAUAAGAUGGCCGCUUCCUUCCACCGCAGGAAAAAUAGCGCCGACGCAGGAGACCUUUUUGACGUUGUUCCACAAGGAAGGAACUGGAGACAGGGGCAUGGCUGUGAAUUUGACUCUUCCCAGAAGGAUACCCCCAUGUCUCAGCAGCAACAAAGAUCCUCACGUGGUACCUCUUGGAUGGAAACGCUGUCGUGUUGUUCUAGUUCUAGCUGUCAGCCAACAGUUAGACCUUCGCACCUCCCCCUACAGGCUGCUUAUCCUAAUAGCAGCACAGCACGGAUCCUGAAAAUCGGUGCUGAAGGAGAUGUUUCGGGUGAUCAGUACCCUUGUAAUAAUCCUCCAGGGGGACAGUGGAAAAGUCGACCAGUUGGUAUCACCCAGGGUAUACCUCAUCACCGAUCUGACCAAUCAGAGGCUACAAGAGAGAUCACGACCAGGAAUAGGAGGACAUAGCUGGACGUGGGUUUCUCCAUGGCAACGCCCAAACGCAACAUGUAAACACCCACAAACAAAAAAACAAAGUAAACAGGUCUCAUGACCAAAGACACAGCUGGAUGUUUACUGACCGUCAUGAUUUGUAUCUUUCGCACACAUUUACUGUUACUGUUAUCUUCUUACAGUUAUAAGCUAUGAUAUUUUAGUGAUGGUGUAGUUUUUUCCCCCUCAGACAUCUGUGAUGUCUUUUUAUUUGCCACGUCGUUUGGCAUUUAUGUAGCAGGUGUCUGAUUAUCUUUGUGCAGUAGUACAGCCUUUGUUUUGUAGUUUGUAAGUCUUUUUUUUAUUCGCUAGACAAUUAAAACCCAUCUGGCAGAAAUUUUUACCACGUGCUUGCACGUUUGAGCCGAGACUGUACGAGCAUGUUAAAGUUUCUGCCGCUGUUGAAUCUUUUUUUUUUUUUUUUUUUUUUUUUUUUAAACAAAAACCUUUCGGAUUUACCCUUGAAGACUUUUGAUAAACUUUUCAUGUUUUCCGUGCUACGCUUUGCUUUUUUCUUACGUUCAACAUUUGUAGUUAAUGCAUUUUUCACACUCGCGGGGAGCUUCUGGUCAACAUGCUGAUGCUUGGGAACAAAAAAAAAACCCCCGUUGAAAUUUUAUACGUUCAAUUUAUGGUCUUCGUUGUAACUUGGACAGCUUUCAAAUUUGUUUUAUGAUAUUCCAUAAUAGUGAUCGAGAAAAAAACCUGUAGCUCGUUGAGGAGUUCUGUUUCACAAAAAAAGAAAAAAAAAAAAAAAGAAA